GGUACCAGCCAUCCGGGCAGUGCUUGAGCUGCAGAAACAGACCAGCCCUCGACAGACCUCUGGCCUGACCCUCCCCAGUGGCCUUCUCUUUAUUAGCUGUUUCUGCAUCAAAUACUUUCAGCUGCACCUCCCUGCAGGGUGGGGCACUCAGCACAGGCAGAACCCCCAGUGACCCUACACCCCAGGCCUGCUGCCACUGCUGCCUGUCGCUUCAGGAUGAAAGGGGAGACCCCUGUGAACAGCACAAUGAGUAUUGGGCAAGCCCGCAAGAUGGUGGAACAGCUUAAGAUCGAAGCCAGCUUGUGCCGGAUAAAGGUGUCCAAGGCAGCAGCAGACCUGAUGACUUACUGUGAUGCCCACGCCUGUGAGGAUCCCCUCAUCACCCCUGUGCCCACUUCGGAGAAUCCCUUCCGGGAGAAGAAGUUCUUCUGUGCCCUCCUCUGAGAGGCCCUGUCACUCCUCACAACUCCUCACCGUUCCCUCUCCUGGGCCCUUCUUUAGGUCUGUAACUGACAUGAGCCCUUGAGGGUUCCCGAACCCCAUUUCUAACCCUUGCCCAACCUGUGAGGUUAUCUGAAGCACAAAGCCCUCCCUCCCCUAUCUGUCGACCCCAUUUCUCGCCCACUGUGGCCAACCCUCGGCGCCGCGUGACUUGGGGCACCCUUUGCUCCACCCACACAAGGGCCCUGGCAGACUGUGCCAACGUCCUGCCCGCUUCCCUCUGUGACCCGCUCUGACAAUGGAGAGAGGGGUGGGCUGGGUGCUUGCUGUCAAUCUCACCUGGAGCUAUGGAAAGGGUAAAGCCAUUUGAAGAAUAAAGUUAUCCAGAGCCUCAGA